AAGCCGGAAGGAAGUGUGUGAUUAGCGCGAGGUCCGCUACCGCGCGAGAUUCUAAUCUGAGAAAUCGAUCUAAGGAUGUAACACAAUUUCCGGUCGGUUGCAAGAUGGCUGCGCCCAGUGGUGGAUACCAACCUCGCGAGCGUCGCGGUGGGGAGCAGGAACAGGGCUGGGAUGCUGCGGCGCCCAAGAAGCCCCGACUCGGGGCGGGAAGCAAGAUCGGAGGCCGUAGGCUCAUUGUGGUGCUGGAAGGGGCCAGCCUGGAGACAGUCAAGGUAGGGAAGACAUACGAGUUACUCAACUGUGACAAACACAAGUCUAUGCUACUGAAGAAUGGACGAGAUCCUGGGGAAGUGAGACCAGAUAUAGCCCACCAGAGUUUGCUGAUGCUGAUGGACAGCCCCCUGAACCGAGCUGGCUUACUACAGGUUUACAUCCACACUCAGAAGAAUGUACUGAUUGAAGUGAACCCCCAGACUCGAAUUCCCAGAACCUUUGACCGCUUUUGUGGCCUCAUGGUUCAGCUUUUACACAAACUCAGUGUUCGAGCAGCUGAUGGCCCCCAGAAGCUCUUAAAGGUAAUUAAGAAUCCAGUGUCAGAUCACUUCCCAGUUGGAUGUAUGAAAAUUGGCACUUCUUUUUCCAUCCCAGUCGUCAGUGAUGUGCGCGAGUUGGUGCCCAGCAGUGACUCAGUUGUUUUUGUGGUGGGGGCAUUUGCCCAUGGCCAGGUCAAUGUGGAGUAUACAGAGAAGAUGGUGUCCAUCAGCAACUAUCCCCUUUCUGCUGCUCUCACCUGUGCAAAACUUACCACAGCCUUUGAAGAAGUAUGGGGGGUCAUUUGACAGUAGUGGGACCUUGUUCUGAACACAAAGACUAUUGCCAUUGUGUCCCUUGACUCUUGUCAGAACCUGUUCUGAACCAACUGCUGGAAGACAACCUUCCUGAAUCGAGUCUGUGGAGUUUGGGGAAUCCAAGGCUGUAAAUUUGCUAUUUGUUUAUCCUAUAAAUUCUAUUCUUGCAAA